AUGUCGUAUUACAGUUUUCCUGACGACAGCGACGCCUCAGUCGAUGACAGAUCCGUUUUUUUCGACGACAACUGCAUUUCGUCUGACGGCAGCUCCCCCCCAUUUGAGGACGUUGACGACUUUGACAGCCCCACCGAUCCGGUGUUACCUUCAACGGAUAGCGGCGUGAGUGAAGAGCCGGUACAAGAAGGCACGUUCUGGGGCCAGUUCCUUGCCGUUGUAGAACGUGUGGUUCGCCAAAGUCUCCGAAAGAAGUGCGCGCUGUUUCUCGAGAUGUUCAUCCCUAUUCUGUUUGUGAUAAUCACAGCGGCGCUUUCGUUGAUGUGGGGCAUAGAGGACGUGCCAGAGAGACAAUAUGUCGACUACGCGAACCCAGGGAACAACACUGAGACGGGACUGUAUAGUUUCGUGACGUGCUACAACGCCAGCGGCGGGAACUUUAUUCGUGGAGUUCAGUCGUGUGAAAUAGCGUGGUUUGACGUCACUUGUGAGGGAGAUGAGAGCGGAUUGCCUGUUAAGGGUCUUUGUUAUGCUGUGGACUUCCGGGAGGUUGGCCCUGCCUCCUUGUGGCUUUAUGCUUUUGGACGAAGUAUGUGGAGGAUUCCCGAGUUGGAUGACGUGAUCAUGUACCAGUGGCUGACGCGCAAGGUGCCAGUGGAGAGUCAGUUUGUAAACCUAUUAACAUCCGGGCUGUUUGUGAGCUCUCGGCUGAGUGCGAUCCGAUCCACCGGCCGCCUGUACUUCGUUGGUUCCGGCUUAGAUGGACUCGUUGACUACUUUAAGGCUCGCUCUUUGUUUUUCGAGUAUGUGAGCGGAGGAACGUACGAGACACUUGAAGAUGCAUAUGACGUGCUGCGCUCUUCAAAUGACAACUGGGCAAUCGUGGAGGUUGUGUCCCUCACGGAAGACAACUUUGAUGUUGUGGUUCAUCUUAACAGCACGGCGCUGCCGCCACUCUCCCUUGUUCAAGACCCCAGCUACGCAGGCGGUUACGCAACUGAGCGUGCGGAGUUGUAUGCGGUAUCUGGAUUUCUGUCCAUUCAGCAGUUAGUCUCGGAGUACUACCUGAGCUCUGUUGCGGGCAAUGGACAAGGCCUGGCGGCGCCAAGGGCGCACUUCUUCGUCCCGUUCGGCUUCCCGGAGUUCAUACACGUGCCAAUCCUCGCCAAUACGGGUCCGCUGCUUCCGUUCAUGUAUGUGCUGGCAUUCCUGUACCCCGUGUCGCAGCUCACCAAAAAGAUUGUCCUGGAGAAAGAAACACGGGUCCGAGAGGCGAUGCUUAUCAUGGGCCUCAGCAACGCUCCCAUUUACAUGUCGUGGUACGUUGUGUACACGGUGGAGUAUGCCAUCGUGUGUCUCCUAAUGGUUGGACUCAUGAGUCUGAUGUAUAUGGCGCGCAGUGACCCGUACGUUGUAUUCUUUCUCUUUUUCUACUACGCCAUCAGCACGAUCCCGCUAUCCGGGCUCCUCGCGACAUUCUUCAGCAAGGCUCGCCUGGCCUCGCUGCUGUCACCGCUUAUCUACUUGGUCAUGGCGGUGCCAGUGUUUGCCGUGACAAAUGGAAGCGGGUGGCUUACCACAGUUUUCUGCCUCUUCUCCCCAACCGCCUUUUCCGUUCUGAUGAUUGCACUUGUGCAGCACGAACUUGGCGGGGGCUUCAGGACGCAGUUCAACAGCCAUCUUGACAGUCCAACAAUGCUCGUGACAGUACUCAUGCUGACUCUGGAUUUUUUCCUGUACAACGUUCUCAUGCUGUACUUUGACGCGGUGCUGCCGAAGGACUGGGGCACGCCGAAGCAUCCGCUCUUUUUUAUCAUCGA